AUGGCGCAACAAGAAAGACGAACGGUCAUCUGCGUUUUCUGCGGUUCAUUGGCCGAUAAAUCUGGCCACCACUUGGAAGCGGCUCGCCUUCUCGCGCAUGAAUUCCAUAAGAACAAUGUUCAGCUGGUUUAUGGCGGUGGCACCGUGGGUAUCAUGGGUGAGCUGGCCAGAACCCUAGUAUCAUUAUCUGGCCCACAGGCUGUCCAUGGCAUUAUUCCUAAGGCACUUGUCGAGGUUGAGGAGGGCUAUAAAGAUAUCGACCGUCAAAGAGGUACGACAAAGGACUCCAGUCCAAACAGGCAAGGCAAGGCCGCGGAGCGCGUUGUGUCGCACUCGAUCGAAGCGUCGGACUAUGGCCUGGUGACCAUUGUUCCGGACAUGCACACCCGCAAGCGAUUAAUGGCUCAGAAGGUCCUCGAGGGAGGUCCCGGCUCAGGCUUUGUCGCGCUAGCGGGGGGCUUUGGUACCAUGGAGGAGCUUAUGGAAAUGACCACCUGGAACCAGCUGGGGAUUCACAAGGCCGGUGUGGUCUUGCUGAACAUCAAUGGUUACUGGGACGGAAUCCUGCAGUGGGUGCGGGCCUCUGUGGAGGAAGGUUUAGUGAGUCAGGAAAACGCGGGAAUUCUCACCCAGGCGACUAGGGUAGAAGACGUUCUGAAGAUGCUGAGGGAGUACCGAAUUAGCAAUGACCGAUUGAAACUGGACUGGGGUCAGGAGUGA